AUGGGUAACAACCCUUCCAAAGGGCCGGUCAGUGACGCGCCGCCCGCCCGCGCUUCUCCCAAUUCGUCAAGCGACAAAAAGGUUGCUCGUCGGUCCUCUCUCAACGCCAUCACCAAUUCGAAGGCCACCGCCGCCGACCCCUCCGCCACGAAGGAGACCGCCGCCGGGCAUUCGGCAACAUACCAAGGAUCCGUCCAAGAUCGCCUCCAGUCCCGAAAUGUGCCCGAGUCAUCACCCAGGAACAUUGAGAGACCAAUCAGUCAUGAUACACGCCAAGAAGAGCCGUCCCAGGGCAGGGAUAUUCCGACCCGCGAUCACUCCAACCCGGUCCAGGUCCCUAUCUCACGCCAUGCCCCAGGGCGCGAUCCCGUGGCGCCAUCUGCGCCGCCACUCAACUCGUAUUAUAGCGCAUCCGCCCACUUGCAACGUCCGCCGCGACUGCCGUUGCCCAUCGGUGAUGCCAACACUACACCCGGGUCGCCCCUAGCCGGUUUCGAGGACUCGAUUAUCCAGUCGCUUCCCGCAGACCAGGUCCUGGACCAACAGAUUGAUCAGAAUACCGCAACAUUGGGCAACACAAGUAUCGACGAAGAAGAGUUGCUUGAUGAGCUCCAGCCUUACACUGUGAGUGGAGCAGGAAAGGCGGUCCCUGUGGUCAUUGAAUGGACCACGCCUGCUCAGAAGGUCUAUGUCACUGGAACGUUCGUCAACUGGGAGAAGAAGUUCCGUCUACACAAAAGCGAAAAUAACCCCUCCGUAAUGUCAACUACUUUGAACCUUCGGCCUGGCACGCACCAUUUGAAGUUCAUUGUCGACGGAGAAAUGCGCGCCGCAGAUAAUCUUCCCACUGCCGUCGAUUUCACUAACCACUUGGUCAACUAUAUCGAGAUCGGUGCAGAUGAUACAUAUGACCCUCACUCGGCCAUUCAGCCAGGAGCUCACCCUCAACAGACAGCGCCGGAUUCGUCCAAGCAAGACCAAUCAGGUGAUCCGGAGGACCACCCUCCAGAGAAGGAAGAGGCAGAGGAGGAAGUGCCACCCGGCGAUUUCGGUGGUGCAAUCCCUCAGUUCCUCGCUGAUCUAGACAAGGAAGAGGACAGCCCGGCCUACGUCCAAGCCGCCAAUGUCAUUGGAGACACUGCUACCCCACCAAGUCUACCUCUCUUCUUGGGCAAGUCCAUUCUCAAUGGCACGACCCCCAUGAAAGACGAUAGCAGUGUCCUGAACUACCCUAACCAUACCGUCCUCAAUCACCUUGCCACCAGUAGCAUCAAGAAUGGUGUUCUGGCGACGAGUGUGACAACAAGGUACAAGAGAAAAUAUGUUACGACCAUUUUGUACAAACCGACUGGGGAUAUAACCGGUGAAUGA